AUGACUGAAAAUAAUCGAUUUUGGAUCGACGUUCUCCGUGACUAUGAUAGCGAACGGAUCUUUCCAUUACCAUAUGAUCGGCAUCCGAUUCCGAAUGAGAAACGAUCUGAUCAAGUUUGGUCGAGCACCUUCGAAUUUGAUUCAGAAAUGUUACAAAUAAUUCAUCAGCAUGCCGAAGAACUGAAUACCACAAUCGAAAAUUUACUUUUCAGUGUUUAUUAUAUUUUCCUAUUUAAAUUAACAAACGGUGAGAUGGAUCUCUAUGUCGGGCGAAAUAUUUCCAUCGACCACAGCAUUCCAUUUUAUCUUCGUAUUGGCCCUACAUGGAGUUUUGUUCAACUUCUCAAACAAGUUACUCAAAUGUCAGCAUGCACUAAACAACAUGCCCAUCUACCACUAUCAUCCAUACACUCUCUCAAGCAUCCAUUGAAAUUUCCUGUUGUCUUCUAUUAUGGUAGACAAUUACUCCAACAGAGCCCAUCCGAUCUUUCAUUGUGUAUUGUUCACGAUGAACAGCUCAACACUCUUCAAUAUCAAGUCCAUGCAUCAGCUCACCUUUUCGAUCAAUCGACAACACAACAGCUAUCUCAACGAUUUCAACGCCUCACCCAUCAACUAUUUACUUCCUUCGAUCUCAACAUCCAACCCAUCUAUCAGCUUUNGUUAGAUUGA